AUGUCUUGUAAUAAUGGCUUAGCUUUCUUCCCUGCGAAUUUCAGUCUCCAUAACCAUCACCAAGAACAAGAAGAAGGUCAUCUUCUUCCUUCUUGCACUCUACCUCAAGACUUCCAUGGGUUCCUAGGUAAGAGAUCUCCAAUGACGACGAACAACAUAGAAGGGUUUUGUAAUUUAGAGAUGAACGGAGAGGAAGAAUUUUCAGACGAUGGAUCUAAGAUUGGAGAGAAGAAGAGGAGAUUGAACAUGGAGCAACUGAAAACGCUAGAAAAGAACUUUGAGCUUGGUAACAAACUCGAAUCAGAUCGAAAACUAGAGCUAGCUCGUGCCUUGGGAUUACAACCUAGACAAAUCGCCAUUUGGUUCCAAAACAGAAGGGCUCGAUCUAAAACCAAACAGCUCGAGAGAGACUACGAUGCGCUCAAGCGUCAGUUCGAGAGUCUUAAAGAUGAGAACGACAUUCUUCAAACUCAAAACCAAAAGCUUCAAGCUCAGGUAAUGGCAUUAAAAAGCAGAGAACCAAUAGAACCAAUCAAUCUGAACAAAGAAACAGAAGGUUCAUGUAGUAACAAAAGUGAGAACAUCUCCGGCGACAUCAGACCUCCGGAGAUCAACACCAUAUUCGCCAGAGGCCAUGCACCGUCUUCACCGACAACUACAACGAUGCAAUUUUUUCAGAACUCUUCCUCAGAACAGAGAAUGGUGAAAGAAGAAAACAGUAUCAGCAACAUGUUCAGUGGAAUAGAUGACCACUCUGGGUUUUGGCCAUGGCUUGACCAACAAAAUUACAAUUAA